GGUGACGAUGAUGGGGUUUAAUGAAUUUGUUUUGGCCCACUAUAUAAGCCAGGUGAGAUGAUUAGAUUUGCAUCAGUUGUGAUUUCUCAGGUGUUUCAGUGAGUUCUGUGGAAGACAUUUGUAGGAAAAAUCCUCAUUAAAAAAAAAUUAUCAUGAAGACCAUUGUGUUUGCUCUAUCUUGCAUUGUGGCGUGUUGUUUGGCUGCCCCUCAGGGUCCCAAUCCACAAGAUGUGCAACUGGUGCGAUAUGUGAACAAUCAGGAUCAAGAUCAGCAGGGUGGAUACCAAUUCACGUAUGAGUUGAGUGAUGGACAAAUCCGCUCUGAGACUGGUGCCUUGAAGGAUGUUGGAGAGGAACGUGUGAUUAUUGUGCAGGGAGCAUACACAUUCGUCGGCCCCGAUGGACAAAUCUACUGGGUUAACUACACAGCUGAUGAGAACGGUUUCCACCCCGUGAUCGGAACUGGACCCGAGGGUGGUAUCAAGCCAGGCCAGGAUCAAGGAAUUGACCCCAACGCCCUGAAAUCCCUCGUUGGCUAAACAUCCUCUCCCCUUCCAUCCUUAUAAACCAACUCCGUCCAAUUCAAAGGAGAAGACUCAAAAUUAACCAGUAUUUAGCUUCUUCAGUUGUUAUCCCUUUAACGUGAUGCUCUCAAAGGGAUGUCGAGAUGACACUUGUUGAAAUGCAAUUUUUUUCCUCCCCUUACCAUCAUUUUACCCAAAUAAAAAAGUCCAAGUGAUCUGUUAA